AUGGACGACUACAGCACCAAGGAGGCCGUGCUCCAACUGGGGAUUCUAGAUCCCAUACUGGCAGAGAUCCUCAAAGCCUCACCAGUCCCCAAAACCGACUAUAACACAGUCACAGUGGAGCAGAUGCGACACGGCCUGGAUGUUUUCGAGCAGACACAAUACGAUGCCUGUCCGGUGCAUGGGACGCGGGAGUCGACGAUGACCAUCCCCAUGCGCGACGGGUAUGAAAGUGAGCUCCGCGUGAUCCAGCCUCCCUCCCGACCAUCUUCAGGCAGUCCACUUGUGGUACUGUUGUACGGUGGCGGGUUUUUCCUAGGAACGAACUUGCAGUUCGUUCCCUGGGGCCGAGCCGUAGCAGCACUGUACGGUGCCACGGUGGUUCUGCCCUCGUACCGCCUGGCGCCGGAGCACAAAUUCCCGACUGGCGCUCACGACGUCUCCGACACUAUGCAGUGGCUCGCCGGGAAUGCGGCCUCGUUGGGAGCCGAUCUUUCCCAGGGCUUCGUGCUGGGCGGCGGGUCUGCAGGCGGAAACCUGGCUAUUGUUGCGGCGCACCGGGCUGUCAAGGAACAGCUGUCGCCGCCGUUGACCGGACUGUUUGCCUGCCUGCCUGUCUGCAUGAGUGAGCACACGGUGCCGGAGAAAUACAAGCACCUGUGGCUUUCGCGGGAACAGAAUGCCCUCGGCCCGAACUGCACGCUCGAAGAUAUUGAGGUCCAAAACCGAUGGCUGGAGCCGGACGAGCAGUCGGAGGAUUGGUCGCCGUUCAAUUCCGAUACCUCGUUUGCAGCGAUGCCACCGACGUAUGUCCAGGUUUGCGGCAAGGAUACAUUGCGAGAUGAUGGGUUGAUCUAUGAGAAAGUGCUGAGGGACCAUGGAGUCCAGACAAAACUGGACGUGUACCCGGGCAUGCCGCAUGGCCAUUUCAUGGCCUGGACGCAACUGACACAGUCGCUCAAGGCGAAUGUUGACGCCGUUGCAGGGAUUGGUUGGCUAUUGGGGAAGGACGUGGACCGGAAUGAGGUUGAGCGAGUAUGGAAUCAAAGGAAGCCUUUGUACAGAUAG